AUAUUUUGGUCUAUGGAAAAAAAAAGGAAAGAACAGCUGUUUAUCAUUCUGUGGUGUGCGCCAUGUUGAAGAACACUCUUGAUAAACAAAUUUGAAAAAAAAAAUGGAUGUAACUUUGUUGUUUAAAGCUUGUGUUAAAACAGUGAAAACUACCAACAAAAACCUCGCGCUCAAAGAUUCAAAACCCAACUUAUUGAAAGUCAGGCGAGAUGUACACCUUGCAAAGGCGAAGGAAAUCGCCAAGCAGAUUACCAGUCUACAGGAUUUUCUAAGUGAAAACAAAGCUGCUUACUUAAAUAUAAUAAAUUGUCUAUCGACAAAUAAGACCAUGUCCCAAAUAGAUAGAGAUCAAGUUGACUCUGUAGCUGAAGACAUUGUGAGUAAAUGUUCUAGUUUAAUUAGUGAAUAUAAACAGGAAAUUUUAGUGUUACAUAAAAGUAAACAACAAGAAGAGCAUUACAAAUAUGUGAUAGAGUCUUUAGAGAAGUAUUUGAAAGAUGUCUCCAAGAUAUAUGCUGAAGCGAAAGCUCUAAGAGUAAAGAAAGUUAUCGAUACACACAAACUUUCAAAAUUGGAAUUGAAACCAUUAAAAUCAAAAGUCCGAAAUCCGUUAGAUAUAUCAGGCGACGCGGGUUCCAUAAAACGAGAAAUAAUGCCAAUUUCAACCCCACCACCCGAAGAUUAUGAUACUCAAUUGUCUCCUGAAGAUAUGCAAAUGUUGGAAGCGGAAAAUGAGCAGCUUUUUAACGAAUUAAACAGUAUUUCGGAAGAAGUCAGGCAAAUGGAAACUAAAGUCGUUCACAUUGCGGAACUGCAGGAGCUCUUUACAGAGAAAGUCUUAGAACAAGAGAAGGAUAUUGAGAGAAUAGCGGAGACUGUGGUGGGUGCUACGGAAAACGUGAAGGACGCUAACGAACAAAUCAGACAGGCGAUUCAGCGAAAUGCCGGUUUGAGGGCAUGGGUAUUAUUUUUUUUGCUAGUAAUGUCAUUUAGUUUACUAUUUUUGGAUUGGUAUAAUGAUUAAUUCAAAUGAUUUGUUAUUUUUGGUAUUAAACUAACUUCUUAACAGCGAUUUGUGUUUUUAAGAACC